GAGAAGAGGGAGAGAGGCAUGAUGACAAGCACACAUGCCAUUCUCAAGCCCAUGCAUGAGGGAGGAAUGGGUGGGGAUGAUGAGUGAUGAAUGAUGAUGAUGAUGGGCUUCCUUAGUUCUUAACAAAAAUUUCUCCUUUCUGGUUGGUGUGUUGUUGUAGUAGUUUCUCUGAUUUUUUCCCUUGAUUAUCUGACCAGCAAUACCUCUUCUCUCUCUCUCUCUCUCUCUCUCUUUUCAGCAGUCAUUGAUACACCUCGUCCUUCUGCUUCACGCCGCACCUCCACCAACAACGCUCCUCACUCCUUUCGCAUUCCCCCUUUAAUUUUACUCGAAAAACCAAGAGAACCCAUCUUUUUGUUCUCCCCCGUUCUUGCUUUUAUCACUGAGACUCCCGGGCUUCGCUCUUGUGUGUGUUGGAGCUCGACUCUCUUGGUUUUCUUGUGAUGGAAUUUUAGAUGGAAUCGUCUCCUACGUCUGCCCGUUUCCCGUGACUGGUACGUGGGGGUGAUCGAGCCUCGGUGCGUCUCGCAAUCGGCGGGAGUUGUUUCCCCUGUUUCUGCAUUGUUGUUGUUCGUGCGUCUUUUUGGCCGUUCGCUUGUCCUUCGAACCCUGUUCUUCGUCUCCCGUUGUCUUGUGCAUUGCGAGGAUCGUUGUCCUCUCAUCUGAUCAUGGAUAUUCUUUUCUGGGUUUUAGCGAAAUUGACCCUUUUCGCGUAAUGUCUGUUCAGGUUCUUAUUGAGGAGUGCAUUUGGCAGUGGAGAUUGUCCCUGUUUGCCAGAGAGGAUUUUGGCUAUUCAGCAAAUGACAGGAAACAGAAAGGGACUAGAUAUUGACGAUUUUGAGAAGCUUCUCUGUGAAAUACCCAAUGGUACUUCUGGAUUUCGACAGCCUGAGGAUACUGGACUUGAAAGGGUGUCUUUGGGCGAUUCGAUGUCUCCUAUCUUGGUUGAGUCUAGCAAAGGGCCUCGCAGUGAGAAUUUUCCAAACAAUGGCGGUUUGCCCGGGAGAAAAACAUCAGCUGAUCAAGUUGACAAGAACCCUCAAGUGAAUGAAAUAAGACUGCCUGAUGAACAAUCUGUUGCUUUUGCAUUUGCAGAUUUGAAUUUAGAGAAUGGUUUGGCUGGGGAAGCUGUGUGUAUUCCUUCAGCUAAUGGUAUGCCUAUGCAUAGUAAUGCCUUUUUAUUGGAAAGCCAAUAUUGCAACAACUUAAAGAUUCAUAAUCUAGCUGCACAUUCACAAUGGAACACUGUCUAUCCUUUUCAGACAAGAAUUAGUGCUCCCUCUGGUUUUGAUGACUUCUCUGGGACCCAAAUUGGCCAAGGGUGUCUGGAUUUGAGUAAAUUUGAUUCUCAAGGUCUAAAAAAGUGGCAAGUUAGUGGUUUUCAGUCGGUUGGUAACUCCAAUGCUUCAUCAACGGCAGCAACUAAUGGGGUCCAUUUGCUGCACAAUCUACAUGUUCCUGCUGUAGAAUUUCCCGUAAGCUCUAACCAGAAGCAAUGCAUCAGUGCACUAUCCCCGCUUCCUUACUUUCAUAGACAACAUAGGAACGAGUGCCCAAUUCUUUGGAGGAACACAGAGGAGGAAAACUCUCACUUAAUGUGGAAGCAAAACCUUAAUGUCCAGCAGAAUGGUGACUGUCAGUUGGAAGAUGAACUUCCGGUCCAAGUGAGUGCAAAUUAUGUGAACGGGAUACUGCAUGAAAAUCAAAGGAUGCAGCACAACCAGGUGUCAGGAUCUCACCAAUUUGGACAAUUUGAGCAAGGAAAAUUCUUGAACAAUUAUGUGAAUGCAAGGUGCCUGAAGCAAGCAAAUUUUGGGCUUUCCCCCACAGAUGUUCGCAAUGUGCAAGUUUUGGACAGAAAAUUGCAAGGGAAUUCUGCCAGAAAGAAUCUAACUAGACCGCACGACUUGAAUUCACCAAGAAUUUUGAAGUUUGGUUCAGGAAAUGAAGCACUUAACCAUUUUACUGAAAAUGGAAGUCACACCUUAAAUGGCCUACACCACUGCUGCCUAUGGAAUCCGACUGCUAGAUGCUUUAUGGCAGAUGAUUCUCACUCAUGGUUCUUAUCUAACGACGCAACAUAUUUUAAAAGUUGUGACCCUAGGUUGCUAUAUCAGAAGACUAAAACUGUGGAUGAAGUCAGAGGUAGAAUUCCUCUCAUGGCUAGGGACCAACAUGGUUGCCGCUUAUUACAAAAGAAGAUAACAGAGGGGCCCCAGGAGGCUGUUGACAAGAUCUUUCUUGAGGUCAUUGACUGCAUAGUUGAGCUAAUGACAGAUCCUUUCGGGAAUUACUUAGUGCAGAAGCUUUUGGAAGUUUGUCGUGAAGAUCAGCGAACACGGAUGCUUCAAGAGAUCACUAGGAAACCAGGGGAUCUAGUUCGCAUCUCAUGUGAUAUGCACGGGACCCGAGCUGUUCAAAAAGUCAUCGAGACCCUCAGAACUCCAGAGCAUAUUUCAAUUGUGGUUAAUUCUCUGAAGCCAUGUAUAGUGACACUGAUGAAAAACAUGAACGGCAAUCAUGUUGCCCAGCGCUGCUUGCAGUUUUUGAUGCCUGCUUACACUCAGUUCCUUUUUGAAGCUGCAGCUGCUAAUUGCGUUGAACUAGCAACGGAUCGCCAUGGCUGCUGUGUGCUUCAGAAAUGCCUUAGUCAUUCUGUCGGGGAGCAUAGGAAACAUCUGAUCUCUGAUAUAGUUUCAAAUUCGCUAAUACUUUCCCAGGAUCAAUUUGGGAACUAUGUUGUGCAAUACAUCUUUGAGCUUCAAGUCUCCCAGGUAGUAAAAAUUAUUGAUCAGUUGGAAGGCAGAUAUGGGGACUUAUCAAUGCAAAAAUAUAGCAGUAAUGUUGUCGAGAAGUGUCUGAAACAUUCUAUUGGGGAAGGUCCAAGACGUGUAAUCCAGGAGCUUAUUGAUGAUCCUAGGUUUGAUCAAAUCAUGCAAGAUGCUUAUGGCAAUUAUGUCAUCCAAGCUGCAUUGAACAUCUCAGAGGGAGAUCUUGAAGAUGCACUAGUGGAGGCAAUAAGACCCCAUAUUCCCGUGCUGCGAACCAGUCCAUAUGGAAAGAAAGUUCUCUCAUCAAGCAACCGUCUAAAGAAGCUGUAUCUAUAGAGAAAAGAGUCUUGGACUCCUCUGCAGCCUCUGUCUUCAUCGUGGGGUUGGUGCCACUAAGGCUUUGAUCACUUAAGAGUGUAAUUAUUAUAUAUUGCAAAAGCAUGCGGAGGAAAGCUUCGAGAUCCCGAAGUCCAGAUAUGAGGGCAAUCUCAAAUAAAUCGCAUGAACAAAAGAAGUUCAUUUUGGUUAUUUUGAUGCUUUGCUUGUUGUUGAGCUAGUUGGAAGUUUUGCAUGACCUACACUGCAGAGAGAAGAAUCUUGCGUGAUAUUUUCUGCAUAUGCCAAGAUCGGCAAUUUUUGUUGUUGCAUAGAAUAAACGGAGCUGUUAAGGUGUAGAGAAAGAGAGGGGUUCUGAGUUUAUGCUAACAUUGUGCUCAGGGGUCAUUGUCUGGUUAUCUAUCUUGAUGUACAUCUCCUUUUUAUGGACCUGUACUGUAUGCCUUGCUAUUUAAUGGUUUAUCUAUGGUAAUGUUAGCCCUCCUGGCCUAAUUAUAUCUUGA